AUGUCGAAGCACGUAGUGGGCUCAGGUCUGUGGAGACUUCUCGCAGGUUAUGAGACGACAUCCAAUCUUACGGUAAUCCUACUGUCUGUGCACGCUAUCACUGUGAUGAUCAGCUCCGAGAAACUGCUUGCAUUUGGCGCUGAUCCGACAUAUGACCAAUUAGAGGCUGACCUCUCAUACUUGCAUGCGGUUGUCCAUGAAAUUCUACAAUUCCAUCCUCUAGUGUUGGAAUUCACUCGUCUCACGGCAUCGGUGAAGCAUCUGCUGACAUUAAUCGUUGACGACCCGAGGACGUGUCUUGGAAAAGAUUUUGCGAUCGUGGAAUUCAAGAUGGUUCUAUCGGUUCUGGUGAAGAACUUCGUAUUUGAGAUGCGGGAUGGACUGGAUAUUCCAGUCGAAAUUGCAAGGGGAUAUUUACCCCGUCCACAAGUUGUUGGAGAAGAUAGUAUUGGGGUACCUCUGAGAGUUUGUUGGCACGAAUGAUUGGUGUUGCACUAGCGGGUUUACUCUGUUUACUACACUAAAUCGAAUGAAGAUAGACAGCUGAAUUUGCGAGAAGUAGUACAAAGGGGAUUACAUCGAGUGGCACUUCCUACAGGGAUGCAAGAUUAAGCUCACUAGUUAUUUUUCCACGUAGCGUGAUGGAAAAGAUUCUACUGGAAAAAUGGGUUUACUGUUCCGACUUGAUAGUUGAGGGCCUUUGGUCUGUAGAGCCAGUCGUUUGUUUAACAUGUAAGAGGUAGAGCUCCAA